AUGGAAAAAACGUGGAAUUGUGAGUCGUGCUCUCAAUCAGAACGUGAAACUGAAAAGUCUCUGAGUCCAAAGAUACAGAAGUUUACCUCUCAGGAAGAGCUGAUCGAUCACAUUAGGCGCCAUCACCUAUCCAGGAAAAUCGAACGUGGUCACACUGUUUUCAUUUGCUUAUACGGCCCUUCGGGUUUCUGUGAUAAGACUGGUGGUCUCCAAACUCACCAUCAACGUCAUUUGGCUAGCUUUGAUUCUGAAUACGAUUAUGAACAUCAUCUUGUAACAAAACAUGUAAUUAAAACUGACCGAGUCAAAUCAAAACUGCAGAAGGUGCAACCAACUGUUCUUAGUCCAGUGUCUCAUAAUUGGACACAAUAUGACUCGGUCAUUAACAUGGCAGCUGUCCUCAAUGAUCCAAACAACCGUCAGGUAGACAUCUUUUAUCGUUAUUGGGGCGAGGCGUUUGAUCAACCGCCAAUUAUACCGAAAAAACUACCUUUGAUCACAGAAGAUCAAUUUUUCCCCUAUCUUGCUCAACUGGCCAAACGGAGGCCUGCCAUUCCUUCUUCAUUAGGAGCACCAACGCCUCUCCCAAAAACCAGCCCUGUUCAAUUAGAUUCGAGCAGCCUCUUCUGUUCCCCAGAUUUCAAAUUGUCCAACCCGGAGAUUUUCAAUCGUGUUAUUCCACUGCAGCAACGUCUCCGGUUCGCCAAACUUUCAGCCCAACAAAGUGACAGACUCUCCCACCAGCUCGACGCUGUCGAGUUAGCGAUCGUCAAUCACGUUUCGGAAAGGUCUCCUGCCUUUUUCGAGGCUGUUUGCGCUCACGAUGUGGUGAAGGAUCAACUGAGUCAAACUAUUUCCCUGGUCAACUCGGUGAGGGCAAAGCUGAAAGAUGUGGAUGCAAUUUAUUGUCGUGGUGCUGUCCAGUUGGCGAGGCUAGCUCGCCGUCGUGCCAAUUUAAAAACACUGCAAUCUAAGUUAGAGGUGAUAGCUUCCGUUCACUCGGCACAACCCACAAUCCAAUCUCUACUGAAAUCGAAUGACUUCUGUUCAGCAUUGGACCUCAUUAAGAACACCCGCGAAGCCCUCUCGACCAUCAAUAGCGAUGGUUGUGGGGGAUUCGCUUGUCUGCGCCACUUGGAUGCUCAGUUGACGGAGAUUGCUAAAUUUAUCAACACAAUGGUUGGCGCUGAGUUCGAGUCAGCCCUGCGCAAUUUCCUUUCUAACCCAACCAAUGGCGACAACGAUGCCUCUGAGCAACUCGUGCCGAGUGUGUUAGGCCUUCUGCGAAUUGGACAAACUGAUUUUAUCCCUACCAUCCGCACAGAGGUACAAAGCGCGCUUGCAGACGCUCUUGAAAGAACUUGUGGGGGCUCCCUGGGUAGUGAACGUGGCCAUUUCCCGGACGAAGACAGAAGUGUGCAGGGAAGUUCCUCUGAAAACACGACUUCCACGUGGCUGGACCUCCUGAAAUCCGUCUGUCUGGAACUUGAGCAAGUUCUAUUCCGCAUUCGAGUAACCCUUGGUCAGAGUUGUGCUGGAUGUUUGUACGAGUGGUUUUUAUUCUUUCAGUCAGUCAUUUUAUCGGUCGCAUCUGCCAUAACGCCCUCAGCGCUGGACGACGCUGACUCCGCGUCUGUGAGCAACGAAAGCCUGCGCCGCAUAUACUGGGAGGCCACUGAUUGGUCGCAACGCGAGGUGGCCAAAAUAGUCACUUCCCACUUUAAACAGACCAGGCAACAACAGCCUUCAGUCAAAGGACUGGUUUCGUGCGAUGACUUUAUUGCAUUCGCCGAAAUUCUCGAAAAUUUCCAUAGACGUGUGGUUGUCCCGGCUUGGUCGUUCUACUGCUGGCCAGCACGUUCUGGUUUGCCGUUUCCAGUCCACUCUGCAGUUCUGCGCAGCCUCGUUUCAUCACAGGCCUCAGUGCUUCUUCAAGCCUUCCACGAAGACCACUGCAACACGCUCAGCCAGGCUCUCGACCAGGAAACUUGGCGACCGGCAAGCCAUGCCCUGAGCCCCGCCCUCGUCCCUCUUCUCUCUCAUCUCCUCGACCAUCACGAGGUGUGUCUUACACUACCUCGAACUCCUUCCAGUCAAUGGUCUUUUUUAUUCAAAUCCCUUUGUUUAUGCGCCUUCAAACCUAUCCUUAGCGCUUUUUCUAAAACCCUGUAUCGCACUUGUCACUGGGUUGAAUUUAAAAAUCGGAUGCGUGAAUUUUCAUUUGCACAGCUGCAGACGAUCUCAAACGUGGACGCUUCCGAUAAUAGUGUUUCCAGUGUUGAGGCUGGCACCAGCUCGAAAUUGAUUCUGCAUGGAGAAGGUUAUGUCGUCGUGGAGACUGUACUUACCCUCAUCCCUCUGAUGAUAGAUUACCUCCAAUUGGGUAAAAAAUUAGCUGCAUGGCCUGCUCUACUUCGCGACGUACAGCUUUAUUUGACCAAAUUCAUAACGGUUUUCAAUUCUCGAAGUUGCGAAUUGGUUCUUGGCGCGGGAGCACGAAAGCGCGAUGUGCUUUCGACGAUCUCCGCACGGAAUUUGGCUCUGGUGGCUCGUAGCCUCGAAUCCCUUCUCAUCAUAAUUCCGGUACUUCAAGCCUUCUUUGAAAAACUUUAUCAAAACGCGGAGGAGAGCUGUGAUAAACUCAGCGAAGCCUCUUCAUGUCACAAUGAUCACUUAUUAAUAACGAAGAAAAAGGGCCUCUCAAAUCCCUUCACUGCAGUGAAUUUGUCUAUCAGUAUUUCAGGUAACUUAAUCAUCUCUUGUAGAAAACAUUUAUCGGAUCUUGUUGAGAAGUUGACUACUCUUUUAGCAACGAGAAUCGCUUCGCGCCUGGGGACUUGGCAACCUCGUCCGCCCACACCCAGUGCCGAACUGCGCGCUGUUUGCCAGGCGCUCACCAAACUCACAGAAACCACUUCUGAUGUUCUCUCUUCCGACAUGCUCACGGCAUAAUUCAAAGCUGGAUUGCGACAGCGGCUUGCAGAUCUCUCUUUGUUUCCUGAUGGUGGACCACAACAAGGCUUGGUAGACUCCGAGCUGGUGUUCUAUAUGACCUGCUUGCGUAGGCUUACCCCCAGCCUAGAACAUUUUGCUGACGACUGCAAUGAAGUUUGGCCAACUCAGUCUGCUCCGAAGAGCUGA